UCAUCGGCAGUUGCAUCCUGGUAUUGCUGGUAUUCUGACACCAAAUCAUUCAUGUUGCUCUCUGCUUCCGUGAAUUCCAUCUCAUCCAUUCCUUCCCCAGUAUACCUGUGCAAGAAAGCCUUGUGCCUGAACAUGGCUGUGAACUGCUCGCUCACCCUCCUGAACAUCUCCUGGAUUGAAGUGGAGUUCCCCACAAAUGUAGAUGUCAUCUUCAGACCUCUUGGUGGGAUAUCGUGUUAA